CUUGCAGAACUUAUCUUCUCAGGAGAGUUGCGUAUCUCUCUUGCGACCCAUUUUCAACAACUCCAAGGAACAAGACCGCCACCAUGGAUGCAGCAUCUAUCGAGGAGGUCAACAAGCUCCGGAAGUCGAUGGGCAUGAAGCUCUUGCCCGUCCCCGGAGCAGACACAUCGACCCGCGACGAAUCCGCCUCCCCAGAGCCCGAUGAAGAUGCUCCAAGUACCCUUGAAACCCGCGAAGCACAGGCAUAUGACAAUUUCCGAAAAACCCGCGAGGCGGAAGAAUCCAAGAAAAGGCGUGAAGCGAAAGCGGCCGCCGUCAAGAAAGCCCGAGAGAAAGCCCAGCGCUCUGCGGUUCUCGAAGGGAAAGGAUUGGGAGACUUGGAUGAUGGGGCUGACGUCGAUGCCAAGUCAUGGCUCAUGAGUCAGAAGAAGAGACAGAAGAAGAUUGCCAAGGCCAGAAAGUUGGAGGAGAAGGCCGCGGCAGAAGCAGCAGCAGCGGCGGCGGCAGCGGCCGAGUAUACUGCCAAAGACAUCGCCGGGAUCAAAGUCGGCCAUGACAUGACAAGCUUCCUCGAUGGCGAUGAGCAGGUCCUUACGCUGAAGGACACGAAUGUCCUGGACGAGGAAGAGAGCGAGGACGAACUUGAGAACCAAGAACUACGGGAGCGCGAGAAGUUGACGGAGAGGCUUGAGCUGAAGAAGAAGAAGCCUGUCUAUGAUCCAAACGACUUUGACGAUACUGGCGAGAGAAGCAUCCUCGCCCAAUACGACGAGGAGAUUAGCGGCAAAAAGAAGAAGCUGUUCAAGUUAAACCAGCUGGAAACAUCGACCGAGUUGGCGGAUAUUCUCGACGGACCAGUUCAAAAGAGGAGGUUCGAGAACCUAGACGUUGCCGAGCUGGAGCACGCCCCGCCCUCGGAUUACCUUGAUAUAUCCGAAAUCAAGGUCAAGAAGCCGAAAAAGAAGAAAUCCAAGACUACAAGGCAGCGCCCUGUAGAUGAAGACGACGUGCUACUACCCACCGAGGGACCGAACGGCGACGACGCCCAGCUUAUGGAUGUCGACUCUGGAGCCGGCUCUUUCUCUAAAAAGAGAAAAACGGUGGAUGAGUCCUUUGUAGAUGAUGAUGACCUUCAGGCUUCCUUGGCUCUUCACAGAAGAGAGGCCCUGAAGAAGCGGAAGCGAACACGGCCUGAAGACCUUGCAAGACAACUUCGAGAGGAAGCGAGCCAGGAGCAAGGUUCCGAAAACGGGAAAGCUGGGGAUCAACCCGGGGGAAUCGUCCUGGAUGAAAUCACAGGCUUUGUGGACACCUUACAGAAGCCCGGUGAGAAUGAGGAACGCAAGCGCCGGCCGAACCCCAAGUCGGAGGAGCAGGCUGUUACUGCCAUGGACCAAGAUUCGUCAGACGAAGAUGAGGUUAUGAGGGAUGCCGCGGUGGUUAAGGAGGAAUCCCCCGAUCGAGAACAAAGUACCGCUCUAGGCAUGACAACAACGGGAGUGGAAGAAGAGGAGUCGAUUUCGCAAGGGAUGGGCGCGGCACUGAAACUCCUAAAGGACCGCGGCUUGCUUAAAGAUGAGCAUGGCACCGAGCGAAACGAACAGUUCCGCAGAAAGCAGCUUUUCCUUGCCGAACUCAAUCGGCGUAUGUCGCAGUUUGACGAGGAAGUCAAGGUUCAGCGCGAGCGUGACCGGGCCAGCGGUCGACUUGACCGGAUGUCUGUUCGGGAUCGCGAGGACUGGCAGAGGCAACAGAAUACGAUGCGGGACCAGCACCAGUCGCGAAUCAUGGACCAGCUAUACAGAGAGGGAUACAAGCCGACCGUGGAGCUCAAGUACUUUGACGACUACGGACGCAGCCUGGACCAGAAGGAAGCGUUCAAGCACCUCAGCCACCAGUUCCACGGCAAGGGGAGUGGCAAGGGCAAGACGGACAAGCGACUCAAGAAGAUUGAGGAUGAGAAGCGGCGGGAGUCCCAGAGCAUGCUGGACGUUAGCCAGAAUGUUGGCAUGAGCUCUGCCGCCGCGCAACAGCUCAAGAAGCGCAGGGAAGCCGGCGUUCGACUUGCUUGAUGAUGCUGGGGACGGGAGAUCAUGCAUGUUUAUUCUAAUUAUUAGACCUCCAGGGUGGGAAUCUAAAAGGUGCCUCUUACCCUCCAUUCUACUCGCAACUGUUUAUUUAUUCUUGCCUGUGCUGACACGGAUGCGAACCGCUUAUCUGUCAAUUACACUCAGCCAUCGUGGGAUCGACAGAGUC